GAGGUCGGCGAGGAGGGCGGUGAGGAGGGCGGUGAGGAUGUCGGUGCGGAGGUCGGUGCGGAGGUCGGUGCGGAGGUCGGUGCGGAGGUCGGUGCGGAGGUCGGUGCGGAGGUCUGUGAGGAAGUCGGUGAGGAGCCCGAACAAGACCGGGAAUACAGCGAGCCCGCAGGGGCCGUUGGCGUCGCACAGAGUCCACCGAGUCCUCCCGCCGCUCAAAGCGACCUGGCACAGAGAGACGCAGGUGAAGAGUCGAACAAUGAGUUCGACGUGUCCUCUGGACGAACGGAAAUCUCAGACGAGUACAGCGUGGAUGUCGAUGUUACCUCAAGACAAACGGAGUUCUCCGUCGCUCUAGAGCCAGACGACCGGAUCAAUGAGAACGACAACGCGACCACCGCACCUCGUAUCACAGACUACAGUUCUGAAAGUGCUGCUCGCUGUUCCGACAUGGAACUCAUGGAGAUAGCUAGGACCAGCAUGGCCCUGACGGCGGCGAGCAGCAGUGUUCCGGACUCAGAGAGCAUCCAGCUGAUCGACCAGGUCGCCGUCGACGAGGAGGACGAGGAGCCAGACACGACAGAGGGCGCUGGCGACGACAGCCUAGUAGGCUGUGACAUGGACCUCAAGCACGUAACCGGCGUCCUGUUCGACCCCACUCCGCGGCCGCCACAGACCCCGCCGGACCCGCUGCCCAGCAUGGCGCUCACCAAGGGCGGCUCGCUGCCCGCCGCGGCCGCGACCUCCGCGGCUGACGAGGGCCGCCCCCAGGGGCCCCAGGGCCGCGCGGAUAGGAAGCUCGCGGGUUUUGGAGGCUUCCCGUUCAAGGCCAGGCGUCGUCAGGACAAGGCGCAGCGCUCCGCCACAGCCAGCGCCUUCAUCCCCUGCCCGGAGCCCGCUCGCGCACCCGCACCGCCCAGAGAUGACGUGCCCCCCACGACCAGCAGCACUACCACCCGGAGGCUGAGCGUCGACCUCAAGGUGGCCGACGUCAAGCAGGUGGAGUCGGCAGGGGCGUCGUCGCGCACCUCCACCUCCACUCACCGCAUCCUGAGCGACGUGCUGCAGGGCAUCAGGCAGGUCAUCCUGCCCGGUAAGUCUGGCCGGCGCAGCAUCAUGAAGCGUCCCCGCAGCGGCCACCGCCUGCUAUCCAGGAAGGCGCCGGCCGAGAAGCAACGGGAGGCCGACGCUGAGGACGAGCAGGCACCCGCCGAGGACAGCUCCACCGCCGCCGCCGCUGCCGCCGAUGAACAGACCUCGGUCAUCGGCGUCCCAGGAGAAGACGAGGCGUGCAGCACGGCCACCGUCGCGUCGUCGCCCAGGGACGCCCGGUCCGAGCAUCCUUCGCGGACCUCGUCCGACGACAAAAAUGCGUCUGCCGGGGUUAAAAAAAAUCAUGUUGAACCUUCGCCAGUCACAGAUGUACCAAGUAAGCUAAGAUACCCGGCCUCAACGCGAUCCAACAUAAGUAGAAGUAAUUGCGAAGAAAUCAGUGAAACUCAUUCCAGGACCUCGAGGUCGUCCAUUGCCCCACCGAGAACAAACUUUUUGACCGACAAUGUGCUGAAAUCCCUCGCACGCUCCUCCAGCAUCAAGUACAUAGACUCGACUCUGCGCUCGACCCAACGAAUUUCCGGAAAGACGCCCGAAAGGUACCGCAACGUCCCGCUCCCAAUCACCAAACCCGAGUCCAGCAAAGCAAACACACCCACGGCCUCGCAGUGCAGCUCCCCGCGGUCCCGAGGGUCGAGGAAAGGUUUCAAGCUGCGCAAACGCAUCAAGAUCUCGGAGACUGCAAUCUGCAACAACAACAGCGGUGCGCUCAACUGCCUCACCGACCACAAGGAGAACAACAAGUACUACGUGUACACGGUGAACGACGACAAGGCCACCGAGCUGAGGCUGUCCGAGAUGUUCGUCCUGCAAGAGGAACCGAUCAUGGCGGAGGAAGUGCCACAGAUUCAGGAGCCCGUCGAACCAGUGCAGUCAAAAGCGAAGGCCAAGAAGGGGGGGAACAAGAAGGAAGGCAAAGCAGCCAAAGCGCCGAAAGCCAAGUCCAAGCAGGGGGGGCCGUCGACGGCCGGGAAGAUCCUCCGAAAGAAGUCGUUGACGCGUCCCGCCUCACUGCUGCGGUCCCGGCGCAGCGGGGAGAGGCUUCGGGGAAGCAAGACCAGCGCGAGGGCGUCCAAGGCGGCGCUGGACAAGAAGGCCUCGAGCGCACUCAGCAUCAAGAAUCGUCAGACAGAGGUCCUCAAGCGCUUGCGGCCGUUCAGUCCGUCGGACGGUGUCGUCGAGAUCGUGUCGGACGCCAGUAAGUGCAGGUCGAUCGAGCAGAGCGACACGGCGACGCAGCUUCGCGGGGAGUUCACGCCACGCGUCUGCGCCGACGUCCGCGACUCGUGCACGGGGGACACCUCGUCCGUCGUGAGCGCGGCCGUGAGCCGAGGCCAUUCCCAGCUGCACUCGCUGGUGCCCUCGUCGGUGCAGAGCCGGGAGAGCUGCGGCCCCCGCCGGACCUCGGGCUCGUCGCGGAGGGGGGCGCCCCGGUACAGGCCGACCCUGCGCACGCCCAGGAUCACGUGCGUCGGCAUGGGGGCGGGCAACGAGGUCGCGCUCGUGCAGCGGAACAACAUGGAGGCGGGAGCCCUCGGUCGCGCCAGGAUCCCGUUCAAGCACCCGGCGCACGGCGCCAAGGUGCCGCAGGCCGCACUUGCCCACCGGGAGCUCGCCGGCAAGGCGAUCAUGGCCAAGCCGCCGGCCCUGCCCGCCAAGAGCCAUCCGCCCGCCUUCCCCGGGCUGCAGGAGAUGACCGAGAUGCUGUUCGAGUACUCGACGCUGGCCGCGGCGAAGGGCCGGUCCUUCGCCAACGUUCACUCCGAGCUAGUCAGCCUGUUCGAAGCCCCGACAAAGGCGUCCCUGCCCUCCAACGAGUCUCACGGCGUCAUCUCCGACUCCGCGAACCCCAGCGCGGACCAGGUGCUGGUGCAGCUGCGCAGGAUGGAGGUGGGCGGCAGUUCGCAGGCGACCAGCAGCGCGGGGGUCACGGAGGAGGAGGAGGAGGGGUCCAGUCAGCUCUCGGGAGCCCCGUCCUCCAAGCAGACGACAGAGCGCACCGAGGAGACGGACUCGUGCCAGACAGCGUCCGCAGCCUCCUCCAAGCAGUACACAGAGACUGCGCAGCGGAGUGGCUUCAAUAUCCGCAGCGUCGACACGGAGGCCCAGGUGGCCGCGGCCCUGCAAGAGAUCAUGAACUCGAUAACCGAGCUCCGAUGCACGGACACGGACGGGGUGCUGGGGCCAUCCGCGGAGGUGCUGGCCCCCGGGACGCAGGAGACAAAAGACAGCGCGAAAGUAGACGACGCCAUGGCCCCGCGGAGAGCAGGGAGAGAGACGGCGGGAAACGCCCAUUUACAUGGUUUGCGAUACUUCCCUGCCAAAGGUCUGUCUACGUUUGACAUUUUAGACACAAUUCUAAUUGAGGAGAGUCAUUCAAGACUACAAAGUAAACAGCUCGAUUCUAGUACGAGACCUGGUCUGAGUGUUAAGAUUAACACAUGGACAUCAGACAACAUACAUGUUACGUCUAAUAGUGUCCAAGCUACUGUAUCCACUGCAAACGCCGUCUGCCAGCGUACAAGAAUUAGCUCGCCAGAAGAUGCGUCAGAAGAGAACCUGCCUAAACCUCACUUAUGUGAGACUGAUCAAAACUUAGUGGAAAACAGUAAGCUAUUUGAGAAGAGGACAACACCAAUAAAAAUUGAAACAAACAAGGCACAAGGCUCUUCAACAGUUUGUGUUGAAAAACACAGCUAUCCAAAUAAUUUUUGUAUUGAUACUAUCGAUAUGUCUUCAGAGUACAUCCCAAGAUCACAUAACGACACGAUUGAAACAGAAAACUCAGUUCGGAGUAGGCACAGCCCCAUACUGUUGCCAUCUACUAGCUUUACUAAAACUAAGUCCAAACAUGAAAUGUCCACAAUUACAACACACCAUGGAAUUUCAGCAACAUCCAUGUCUCAGGCGAAACUGACAGGGCCUCAGAGAGCACAAAAGAGAAUUGCCUGCUUCCUGGGGGAUGACAUCCCUGGGACCAUACUGGCUGUUUUAACAGAGGUGCUGCCCAUAUUUUUAGAGAGAACCAGGUCGGAGCUGCUGACUCCACGACAAAAUCUCAUUCAGAAAUUACUGUACGAAGAUUACUUCAACCAUCCCGCCAACACCUCGGACGGCCUAAACGCGAGAGAAGACCCGCAGGCGCUGCUGCGGGUGGGCACGAUGGCGCACCAGGUCGCCCUGCUCGUCGAGGACACGGCGCGCUCGACAGAGCUGGACAUGCAGGCCGACCGCCGGCCGCCGUGACUCAGAGGUCGCCGUCCUGGAGUCUGCCGCCGGCUGGUCCGCCGCUGCACCGCGACACGAGUCACCUGUAACAACAUAUCUUGAGCUGUGAUAACUUGUAUUUAAACUAUUGUUGCGAGCUGUCAUUCGUUAAAUGUACGCGUAUAUGUUCGUCGGCACGCACAAACUCUUGUGUACGUGGGGCAAAGUUUUUAAUUCGUGGUAUAACACCAUUUACUUUAAGUAAAAAGUAGUAAUAUUAA